ACCGACUUCGGGCGUAGCUUCGGUACCUGCCCUGCGCGGAUCAUCGUGGCAACCUUGGUCGCGAGAAGGACAGGAAAACGGCUUCUCAGCGCAGAUCGCGGCUCCAACUUGUCCCUCUGACGCGCUCCCUGGUCGUUUCGCGUCGUCUGAGCAACGGGCUGAUUAUAAGCCGGGCUUAAGGACGACUCACUCGUUCCUUUCCUUCUUUCUUUUUUUUUUUCACCUCGGGGAAAAAGCCGAUUCUGUGUGGCGUACUAUCAAAUGGUCCCCCGGAGAUCCAGUUAUUUCGGUCAUGUGGACGUGUGUGGCGAGCAAGACUGGCCUUGGCUCGACUAUAAUAUGCAGACGAAGACGCCGACCGCUUCGACGCCUCUUUUCGAACAUCAUAUGCCUUCACUCGAAGAGGACAUUUGCUCAGAUUUCACUUGCUGUGGGUUGACCUUGGCAGACAUGCACCAACUGGUGGAGCACUUUGAGGAGGCACACGUUCUCGUACUCGACGGAGCCGGACGCCGGGUUUACCCAUCCGUGCCUUCGCUGGACACCUCCAGCGAUUCGGGCUCCGACGGCGAAUCGUCCCCAAGCAGCGACUUCUCCGACGUUGGGGUCGGGGUGGGGACGUCUAGUCUGGUGUUCAACUACCCUCAGCCGCACCCCCCACCCGUUCUGAUGCUCUCUUGUACCGCACCUGACCCGCGCUCGGCGGCGGUGAGCUCCUCGUCCCACGAAAAUCAGCCCUCUCGGUCCUUGGCGACUCCGGAACCGAUGCAACAGGAUUACAUGGUUUUUUCCUCCCCUUCGUCGGUCUCUUCGGAUACGUCUGUUACAUCGUCCCCCGUAUUAUCCGAGUCGCCGAUGCUACCGGCGCUCCCUAUGCCGUCAUCACAAAUAUCUCCGAACGGCGGGGCUGCUGCGAUGGAUACCAGCUCCGACGAAGCACAGGCGUGCGUCACGCCUGGCAUGCUUUCACGGCCCACGGUGAAGGGACGGAAGGGCCCAUCGACCGCAUCGAAGAAGGGCCACCGUCGUCAACUUCAGGCUCCGGACGACGCGACGUCCGACGCGACUGGCUCUCCGCGUGCGACGUACCUCGUACAGGCGCCAACCGGCAAACGAGCGCGAGGCAAAAGCGCGAACCGCGUGCGGUACGCAUGUCCCACCGAGGGAUGUACGAAACUGUAUCUAAACCCCGGUGGUCUGAAAUAUCACCUCGAAAAGGGGACAUGCUCGUUCGACCCAAAGCCAACCGCUUGA